AGAAGCUUCUGGUUCCACUUGCGGCCGUGCGCGUUUUUGGAAUCCUGGCCUGAGGAGACAGGAAAAAGCGUAGGAUUCGUGAGCGUUGAUUGGCCGAAGCGAGAAACGUCCUUGGCGCUCACUGGCUCCGUCAUUCGCGGGAAGGAAUUUGUGGCGCCAGAAAAAAGUAGAAACAACGUUGUCGCAGCAGCGGGAUUCUGAGGAGUUCGGSGAGCCCACCAAACCGGAACUUUCUGGACUUCUUUCCCAAAGAAAUCGCGACGGACAUGUGGAAUAGUGGAUUUGAAAGCUAUAGCAGCUCCACCACCUUUGGGGGAGCCAGCAGCUACACUCAGUCCCCGGGGGGCUUCGGAUCGCCAACACCUUCCCAGGCUGAAAAGAAAUCAAGAGCCCGAGCCCAGCACAUUGUACCCUGUACCAUAUCUCAGCUGCUUUCUGCUACUCUGGUUGAUGAAAUGUUCAAAAUUGGGAAUGUUGAAAUUUCACAGACAGAUGACACCAGUGGUGAAAAUACUGUAGUUCCUCCAGAAACAUAUGUGAAAGUGGCUGGCCACUUGAGAUCCUUUCAGAACAAAAAGAGCCUGGUAGCCUUUAAGAUCAUGCCCCUGGAGGAUAUGAAUGAAUUUACCACACAUAUCCUGGAAGUAGUCAAUGCRCACAUGGUGCUGAGCAAAUCCAACAGCCAGGUGCUGAAUUUGAUAAAGGCUUGCCCAAGACCYGAAGGGUUGAACUUUCAGGAUCUCAGGACUCAGCUCCAACACAUGCCUGUAGCUUCAAUCAAGUGA